AUGUCAAAUGUAUCUUUGCAUCCACAGCUUACCAAGAAAGAACAAAGGAGGCAAGCUGAUAAGGCAAAAACCGAGGCAUUCAAUAAAAUGAGAAGAUCUGAUGUAGAUGCUGAAGCAAAACAAGAUUUACUUGAAUUGAUUCCAAUGAUGCGAACAUUCAAGAGAAAUGGUCUAGAUGUCGCAGCGACAUACUGCACUAAGCUUGAUCAAGAUCUUUUAAAAUGGGCUUUAGAUUUAACAGAAAGAAAUUUGCAUCAAAUCUAUGAAGAUUCAUGGGGAUGGAACGAAACAAAGAAGCUAAAUGAACUUAGGGAUAAAUCGGUCAGAUUUAUUGUUCUUAGACAAGGGGAAGAACUUUGUGGUUUUGUUCACAUCAGAUUCGAAUUUGAAUAG